CUUUUUCUGUUAUUUUAGAGAGAGAAAGGGAGGUUUAGACUUUAGAGAAAGAAAGAGAGAGAGAGGUUCAUCAAUGGCGGAAGAAGCAGAGGGGGUAAUCGCGACCGAUUUCUUCUGGUCCUACACAGAUGAGCCCCACGCUUCAAGAAGGCGUCAGAUCAUCUCUCUCUACCCUCAGAUCAAGGAGCUCUUCGGCCCAGAUCCAUGGGCUUUUGCUAAGAUUACAGCAGUCGUCCUGCUUCAGCUAUGGACUGCGUUCUCCUUAUGCGAUUCCUCUUGGAUGAAGAUAGUGAUUGUCGCCUACUUCUUCGGUUCUUUCCUCAAUCAUAACCUCUUCCUCGCAAUACACGAACUAAGCCAUAACCUUGCCUUCUCGACCCCAACUUACAACCGAUGGCUAGGUAUCUUUGCCAACCUCCCCAUAGGGAUCCCUAUGUCCAUCACCUUCCAAAAAUACCACCUCGAGCACCACCGCUACCAAGGAGUAGAUGGCCUGGACAUGGACAUUCCAAGUUUAGUUGAGGCCAAAGUCGUUCAGAACCCCAUAGCGAAAUCCAUUUGGGUUAUAUUCCAGCUCUUCUUCUAUGCCUUUCGCCCACUUUUCCUAAACCCUAAGCCUCCUGGCCUUUGGGAAUUCACCAACCUCAGCAUUCAACUAAGUCUGGACUUGUUUCUAGUCUAUUUCUGUGGUUGGAAAUCCCUUGCUUACCUGAUUUUGGCUACAUUUUUGGGUGGGGGCAUGCACCCUAUGGCAGGUCACUUCAUAUCGGAGCACUAUAUUUUUAAACCUGAUCAAGAGACCUACUCUUACUAUGGACCUUUGAAUUUGGUCACCUGGAACGUUGGGUACCAUAACGAGCACCAUGAUUUUCCAAGAAUUCCAGGGAGCAAGCUUCAUAAGGUGAAGCAGAUUGCACCCGAGUUUUACGAGUCAUUCUCUUCAUAUAAAUCAUGGAGUCAGGUUAUCUACAUGUACAUUAUGGACCGAAUGGUGGGGCCGUACAGCCGGAUGAAGAGGAAACCGGCAGCAAAGAAGACAGAGUAGGAGAGAUGAAAUGGCUGUAUAAUUACAGCGGGAAUCACGAGUACCAUGGCACUUUUGUAUUGCCUUGAUUGAGUAGCCGAGGAACAUCGAGUUCCUUUAUUUCGUUGUUUAUUCCAUGUAUAAAUACUGUUAGGUC